GCUGCUGGAUGGAGAAAGUACUUGCUGGCAUUGGAUCAGGCAAAAGCUUUUGAUCAAGUGAAUCGUGAAUAUCUGUGGUUGCUGCUUGGUAGAUACGGCCUGCAGGGGAGGUUUAUAGAUUGGCUGAAGACAUUAUAUAGAGGGGCUGAGAGCUUCCCACUUGUUAAUGGUUGGGUUGGGCGGCCUUUUGAGGUCGGCUCUGGUGUGCGCCAGGGAUGUCCUUUGAGCCCCCCCUGCUAUAUGCUUUCGCAAUCGACCCCUUUGUAA